AGCAGCAUUUCUUUUCUUCUGCCUUUUUGUCGUAGCUGCUCUUGCUACUCGUUUCAUCACGCUGUUUUCCACUUUUAUUCGCCUGCUGUUCACAAGACAUAUUCUUACGGACGCGUCAUGAGCUCCCCUGUCUCUUCUUCUCCCAUUGCGGCCGACUUGCACCUUCGGUUUGUGCACAAGCUGGACGAAAACACGCAAUGGAAGGCGCAGCACCUCAAGAUGAACGGCGUCUACUGGGGGCUGAGCGCACUUACCCUUCUCCACCGGCUGGACUACAAGCAGGAGGAUGUUCUUGAGUUUGUGCUGUCGUGCAAGAACGCCGACGGGGGCUUUGGCGGGAACACAGAUAUGGACUCCCACCUCCUCCACACCAUGUCCGCCAUCCAGCUGCUGUGCAUCUUCGACGCGCUCGAUCGCAUCGAUGUCGACCACACCGCAAAGUGGAUCGCCUCGAUGCAGCUCCCUGAUGGCUCCUUUCAGGGCGACGAGUGGGGCGAGGUGGACACCCGUUUCUCGUACAUCGCUCUCAGCUGCUUGCGUCUGAUGAACCGCUGCGACUUGAUCGACGUGAACGCAGCCGUGGGGUAUGUGUUGGCGUGCCAAAACUGGGACGGGGGGUUUGGGGUGUCGCCGGGUGCGGAGAGUCACGCCGGUCAGAUCUUUUGCUGCGUCGGCGCCCUCUGCUUGGCGAACGCGUUGGAUCGCAUUGACGGCGACCGCGUAGCGGCGUGGCUGGCGAUGCGCCAGUUGCCUUCAGGUGGUUUGAACGGUCGGCCGGAGAAGAAGGCGGAUGUGUGUUAUAGCUGGUGGGUCAUCUCCUCCCUCUCCGCGCUGGGCCGCACCCACUGGAUUGACGCUGAAGCGCUCUUUCGGUACAUUUUGAGUUGCCAGGACACACAGGACGGCGGCUUCUCGGAUAAGCCGGGCAACCAGGCUGACGUGUACCACACUUUCUUUGGGCUGUGCGGUCUCAGCCUGCUGGGCUACACGGACUACGCGUUGGCGCCCAUCAACCCGGUGUACGCGCUGCCCUACGAUGUGCUGGAGCGGAUGAAGAUACCCGCAGAGUACGGAUCGCGUGUGGGGCUAGCGCGGUCCAACUAG